AACAACAAGAACGCCGCCAUUUUUAGAGAUCCAAGGCAACUGCGACAGCUCGAGCGCAGGAAUUAGGUCAACACACACACACACACAGAGAGCCGGGAGUAAGGAAUUAAAACGCGGUUGUUUAAACGAGUUUAGUUAACGAGAAGCUUCAAAUGCGUCACAUCUUGCGCAUUCAGAUGUUUUGUUGCGCGGUUCCAGGCUAAUCCGGGCACUUUGACGGGAUCUUCACGGCUUCAGCAAGAUUUCUCUACCGGUUACACAGCAGUCAGAAUGAAAAGAAGAUUAAUCCGACACAAAGAGGCUAGCGGCUCGUCCUGUGAGGAGAGAAUGGAGGUUUGCAAGAAAGUUAGGCGUCCCAGCGAGGACUGUGGAGAUGUGGUGUCCACCUGGGCGUGGUUACCACAGGAGAUCCUACUGCGUGUCUUUCAGUACUUGCCCUUGUUGGAUCGAGCCUUUGCCUCUCAGGUGUGCCGUGGUUGGAACGAAGCUUUUCACAUGCCUGAGCUUUGGAGAUGCUUCGAGUUUGAACUCAACCAACCUGCAAGCUCCUACCUGAAGGCCACACAUCCUGAUCUCAUCAAGCAGAUCAUCAAGAAGCACUCUAAUCAUUUACAGUAUGUCAGUUUUAAGGUGGACAGCAGUACAGAAUCAGCAGAGGCAGCCUGCAACAUCCUGUCUCAACUUGUAAACUGCUCGAUAAAGACCCUCGGACUCAUUUCCACAGCACGCCCAAGCUUUAUGGAGUUAACAAAGUCCCACUUCAUCUCUGCACUGACUGUGGUGUUCGUCAACUCCAAAUCUCUGUCAUCUCUCAAGAUCGACGAUACCCCUGUUGAUGACCCAUCACUCAAGGUCUUGGUGGCCAAUAACAGUGACACGCUCAAGCUGCUGAAAAUGAGCAGCUGCCCCCAUGUCUCUCCUGCUGGAAUCCUGUGCGUUGCAGAUCAGUGCCACGGCUUGAGGGAGCUGGCAUUGAACUACCACUUGCUAAGUGACGAGCUCCUCCUUGCGCUGUCCUCGGAGAAGCACGUGCAUCUGGAGCAUCUACGCAUCGAUGUUGUGAGUGAGAACCCAGGUCAGCAGUUUCACACCAUCAAAAAAAGCAGCUGGGAUGCCAUGGUGCGCCACUCGCCCAAGUUCAACCUCGUCAUGUACUUCUUCCUCUAUGAGGAUGAGUUUGAGCCUUUUUUCCGGGAUGAGAUUCCCGUUACGCACCUCUACUUCGGCCGUUCGGUCAGUAAGGAGGUGCUGGGGCGCGUGGGCAUGAACUGCCCUCGGCUCGUGGAGCUGGUGGUGUGCGCUAACGGCUUGCGUCCUUUGGACGAGGAGCUGAUUCGCAUCGCCGAGCGCUGUACACAGCUGUCGGCCAUCGGCCUGGGCGAGUGCGAAGUGUCCUGCAGCGCCUUUGUGGAGUUUGUGAGGAUGUGUGGGAGACGCCUCACACAGCUCUCCAUCAUGGAGGAGGUGCUCAUCCCUGACCACAAGUACAGCCUGGAUGAGAUCCACUGGGAGGUUUCAAAACAUCUUGGCCGUGUUUGGUUCCCAGAUAUGAUGCCUACCUGGUAAGGCAUUGGCAGGCUUAUUCAAGCAUCAGACUAUUGGAUUCAUUACCAGCACGUCAAGCUUAUUACUUUACCUUAUAACGUAGCUCUAAACCCUUUAGUGUAUUAUAGAUAUAUCCUUGAUGUUUGAGAUAUUGUAGUAUUACACAUGGCGGGAUACAUCAGUGGUGUUUUGGUAUUACUAACAAAAUUUAUCAAGUUUUUUAAGGAGGCAAAGAUUUUCACUGGUGUAAACACAUUAGAAUAGUAUGGCAUUAUUAUUAUUAUUAUUUUGUUUGUUGUAUAUCUAAAUACUAUAUAUGCUGACAAUCAUGAAAAUAAGCUUUUAUCUUAUUGAAACUACAGCUGUAUUACAAUUGUACAGUGCUGUGUGCUUCGUGUGUAUGUAUUCCACUUGUUUUUUUUUUUUUGUUGUUGUUGAAGGCGAGAUGCAGGAUUUUGACUGUACAUCUUUGUAAUAUAAUUAUUGCACAUUUUCCCCACUCUAAUUUGUAUUAAUGAUGGAAACUGGGUCUGUAUAGAAUUAUUGAAAUGUAGUUUGAGUUGUUCUGUUGCCUACAAAAGUACAAAACUCAAAUUAAAAAAAAAAAGUACCAACAAUAGGUACUACUUUCUAGUAGGAGUGGGCAAUAUGACAAAUCAUAAGCCCUUUAAGGCAUUUCUAUGACGCAUGCUGUGUAUUUAUUUUUUAUUUUCCUUCCUGAAGAAACUUCCAGCAAAAGUGUUGCGUAAAAAAAAAAAGUUAUCUAUAAACUUUAAUGUCAAAAUAAAAAAACCCUAUAUUUUUAUAAUGGCAUUUUAUUUAUUAAAAAUACUGAAUGAGGAAAAAUGAAGUCUAUUUUAAAAAAUCAAAUCUUUUUGCAAUUUAAGAUAUGAAAGUAACAAAACAGCUUAAGUAUGCAAUGAGAUCAUGAUAUUUGGAGCUCAGAAAAGCACACUGUGACAUCACAGUAUUUCAUUGUCAUAUCACCCAGCCAUACUUUCUAGUAGGUGACUGAGCGACCGUUACUUCAGAACCUGUAUCUUAUGUUAACAUCUGCGUUUUCAGAAGGGACGCAUCAGAAACCUGUUGCUUUCUAUUUGCCAAGUGACAGGAAAUGGGCUGACGAAUUUUGUCUUUGUAUACAGACUCUGAGAAAUGUGACAGUUAGCUGAAACAAGGUUGGAAUUUUUUACAAUAUCGUUAAAUUAAUAUUUUUGAUCUGCAGUUACAGUACUCGUUAAAAGUUUCGCACCAACUCAUAAGUUUUUCCUGUAUUUUGACUUUUUUUUUUUUUUUACAUUGUAAAACAGCACUGAAGACAAACUAUGGAAUUAUGUAGUAAACAUGUUUUUUUAAAAAAAUGUUUUAAUAUUUUAGAUUCUUCAAAGUAGCCAACAUUUACCUUGAUGAUGCUUUGCACGCUAUUGGCGUUAUCUUAACCAGCUUCAUGAGGGAGUCACCUGGAAUGCUUUUCAAUUAAUAGGUGCCUCGUCAAAAGUUAAUUAGUGCAAUUUCUUGCCUUUUUAAUGUGUUUUGAGAUCAUAGUAAAUAAUAAAAAUACAGUAAACAGCCCUAUUCCACAACUGUAGUAAUCCAGAUUGUCAAGAACCGCUCAACUAAGUAAAGAGAAACGGCAUCCAUCAUUACUUUAAGAUAUGACGUGUCUUAAUUCAUAAAAGAAAAACCAUUGAAUAGAAGGUGUCAGCUUUUGACCGGUACUGUAGAUUGUGAUUUUUUUUUUUUUUUCAACCAGGUUGUACAAGCUGGCAUGUGAUGUUUAUUCAUCCUAUAUGCAAAGCUCAAUUCACAUAAUUUGUCAUAACCUGGAAAUUAAUUUGAUAUUUGGAUGGAAAAAUAGUUAUGUAUAUUUCAAAGAUGUACUGAAGGCAGUGUCAGAGGCUGCUUUCUUAGCAUAAUCAUGUCAGUGAUGUUUGAUAACCUUUUUUUUUUUUUUUUUUUAAAAGAGAUUUCUCUCAUCAGCAUCAGGAUGUUUGACUGAUAUGAACUAAAUUUCUGUGAAUGGUUAAAAGGCACUUUAGAUGUUAACUAAAUUAUCUACAGAAACUUAAUUGCAAGCACAGAAGGUAGUAAGAUGCAGGGAAGCAAGUAUUAUAUUUUUUGCACUUUGUAAAUAACUUGGAUCUGGGGAGUGCAUAGUAAUCUCUUUAACAAACUGGCACAAACAGGGUGUGUUAGAGUCCUUUAGAAAUGGUGGCUGUGAAUUUUGCAAAACGGUUCAUCCAGACAUUAUAGUCCGACGUACUAAACCUUUCUCAGGCUCUUCUGCCUGGUUACACAGUUUGUAUGAUGUAAAGCACAACAUUAUUCAGACCCUGGUGUAUUUAAUCAUUGUUUUUAAAAAAACCUGUUUGAUUUAUAAAAGGUAUACUUAUUUAUUAUUGCAUUUACUGAUCUUUUUAUUGGUUUUGGGUUCAAUAGGUGUGUGUGUGUCAUAACCAGUGUCCGGUAUCUGAUGAUGGUUAUUUAUCCAAAACAGUUAAAGCUAGACAGCCUUUCGAUUUCAUAAGAUCGGUGAAAUUUGAUCAUUGUGAUAUGUUUAUUUCUGUAAUAUCUCCAAAAAAAACCCAGGCCAUUAUGUGGCUGGGAAGUUAUUUAAUUUGAGAGGAUUCCCUUGCAAAUAAUGUGCAUGAAAUCGCUCGCUUUGCACAGUCAAGCAGACAGAGGAAGUCCAUGUGUGCAUGUGCAGGUUUACUUGCUUCUUCUUUUGGGUUUUACGGCAGCUGGCGUUCACAGUGUUGCAUUACGGACAUCGACAGGUUUACCUUUGACCGUGCAUUGACAGCUACAUUGUUCUGUCACUAAAUGAACAGCUGAUCACACGGAGGUGCUCGCUGACCGCCGAUAUUUAUUAGUUUGGUCAUGUGUUUCCGUUCUUUCGCAACUUUUUUUUUUCUUCUCGCUUUGUCACCAUAGUCCGUUUUUCAUGCUUCAUUCGCACACUCUCGUCCUCCAUUUUUUUCCCUCCUGUUUCAAAUUUGUAUCCCACACUGUCUUUUGCGAACGAAGAAAACCCACCACGUGAUGUAUGACAUAGUAUCUUGAAUUGGGUCAUGGUUAAGCAGGAACAAAAUGGCAGAGAAUUUAGGGCCACGUGGCUCUAAAUUCAUCAAUUGUUCUAUUUUUAAAAAAUAAAUUAAUAAUAAAAUUGCAAGUCUGUGAUUCAAAUUCAGUAGGUUUUGGUCCACUAAGCAAAAAUAAUUGGGUGUCAGAGAAAAUUUUUUACGACCUAAACGUAAUCUGAAAGGCAGUCUACCUUUAAGUUAAAAAAAAAAAAAAGCUUUGGUGUCUUUGGGAAAACUUUGUACUUGUGUAAUUUGUGAGUCUGUGCUUGGUCAAUUCCAACAUCCUAACAUGCUUCACAUCUUGCAUUGUUCAAAUAAACUUAAAAGUUUC